AUGGUCGCCCUUAUCACACUCGUUUUUAUCGCCAGCCUUCUCUCGACCUCGACGGCGUCGCCCAUCUAUCAGAUUGGCGAGGUAAUUGGGGAAAUUCGAGAUCUCCGCGCAGAGCCGCGACAAGAAUCUCGCUCAGGAAAUCUCCUGACAGGCCCAAUAACGUUCCAGACGGUGACGACUUCUCAAACGGAUGGCACCCCAGCCGUUCUGCACUCCAAGCAAUGUAAAUUCACAGUAGGAAACGGUGGAGGUGGACAACAAUCGUCCUCGUCUUCUGCCGAGAGCAGCACCGCAGUAGAAACAUCGACGAGCAGCCAAGCCUCGGCCACUGAGACGUCAACGAGCUCUCAGGAGACUCUAACGAGUAGCUCAACAGCUUCUUCAUCCACUGUUUCGGGAACCGCGCCACCAGCCAUUUCUGAAAUUGGCACAAACAUUAUUCCCGCAUCCGGCUCGACAACUCUAGAGUCAUCAUCCGCCACUCAAUCGACCUCAUCUGUCACCGGUAGUCAAUCUGCUGCGCCGCCAGUCGUUUCCGUCGUGGGCCCAUCUUCGAUCUCGAAUACCGGUAAUCCAGUCAUAACCACUGGCGGAUCGAGCACGGCGACAGGAACCGAACCCAUCACCGUAGUAACGACCUUGUCGAAUGGGCAAGUCUCGACGGCCGUCUCGACCCCAACACCCGCAGCUGCGGAAGCUGCAGCACAAACUCCUGGCAGAAAACUUGAAGUUUUGCCCAUUGGUCUUGGCGUCUUUGCAGGUGUUUCUGUGAUUGCCUUGAUCGUCGUUGGCUUGGUCACCUACGAACGAACCAAGUACAGAAAGGCUUUCCGAAAGAGAAAGCUCGCCGAAGCCGGCGCACAGAUGGGCUAUGGAGGAAUGGCUGAAAGGCGGUAA